AUGGCUACCGCUCAGACCAGCAUCCCGCCAGACCUUACCGAUGCCGAUAAAGCCAUUAUAUUCCAAGUCCGCGAUGAAGAGUUGAACUCAACAGUACUCUACUCUCUAUUGAGCGGCGUAUACACCGGUGUUGUUGCUAUCACGUUGUGGAGCAUCUUUACGAACAAGGCUCAGCCUAUCCGACGAUCCAUGGCCCUCGUUGUAGUCCUCCUGCAUAUUGUGACAAUGCUCAACUUUGGGUUCGUCUGGUCAUACAUCAGCUCUAUGUUCAUUCGCAAUGGCUCGAACUUCUGGACCGAAUACCUGUUUUGGAGCAGUUCCAACGUGAUGUUAGAAGUGGGGAUAGGUACCACAGGCAUUGUGUGUACCAUCCUUGCAGACUCCACCAUGAUUAUCCGCUGUUGGAUGGUAUGGGGACGCAGGUGGCUACCUAUUUUACUUCCAACCUUUGUUCUCACUGCCGCAAUCGUGUUCAAAAUCAUCGCUACAUACAAAUUAAUCACCGAUCCCGACAACAGUUAUUAUCUGUUUUUCAUCCUUUAUACGUCUUUUGUCCUUGCAACGACCUUGUGGUGUACAUUGCUCAUCGUCUACCGCAUCAUCGCCGUUGCACGAGCAGGAAGAGAAACAGGGGGUGGGCCCAGAGCUUAUCGCAAUAUUAUUGAGAUCCUGGUUGAAUCGUCGGCUCUUUAUUCCGUAUCCUUGAUCUUAUACGUGGUUUUUAUUGCUCGGGACUCUCUUGCAUCGGGUUACUUUGAUGUCCUGGCAGGAAUCGCAAGGGGAGUCGCUCCGACACUUCUCGUUGGACGCGUCGCAGCGGGCCACUCACGUCCAGACGACUCUUGGAAGGGAAGCGUAAUAUCGGGUUCGCUUCGCUUUGGGUCACGUCCUGGGGGUCGACUCUCUCGGAGUCAGCAGGAUUCCAUGAUGAGCGACGACCUCGAAGCACAACACGAGGGAGACGGUAAUUGA